CUCAGUCAGCAGCCAGACGCCAUGGAGGCCACAGCGCUCUGCAUCACACUGUGGAUGACGGUGUUUCUGCAGCUCUGUGAACAGAAAGCUGAUACAGAUGUUUGGAUCGAACCAUCCAGACUUCAAGUCUUUGAAUACGAUCCUGUCUCUUUAAGAUGUGUGGGCUUCGAUGGUUUGACUGAUGUGAACAUUUUACGGUGGAGCAAAGCAGGAAAGGAAACUUGUGAUGGCUCAAAAUGGGGCUCAUUGAAUGAGAAUAAAUGCACCAUUAAAUCUCCUUAUAAAGAGGACAGUGGAGAUUACUGGUGUGAGGCUGGAGGGAAGAAAAGCGUCUAUGUGGACGUCAUUAUCACCGGUGGCUCUGUGAUCCUGGAGAGUCCUGUGCUUCCUGUGAUGGAGGGAGAAUCUGUGACUCUGAGCUGCAGAAACAAGACGACCACUUCCUCCAUCCUGUCAGCUGACUUCUAUAAAGAUGGCCGCCUCAUCAGGACCAGCUCUACAGAGAACAUGACCAUCCACAAGGUUUCUAAAUCUGAUGAAGGACUCUACAAGUGCAGCAUCUCUGAAGGUGGAGAAUCACCAGAGAGCUGGCUGACUGUCAGAGCUGUUCCCUCCUCGGAUCACUCCCUUCACGUCCUCCUCGUCUUAAGGACUGUGUUCACCAUAGUGAUGGUCGCUCUGCUGCUGCUGCUGGUGGGACUGCUGCAUUGUGGGAAACUCAGGGUCACACAGAAAUAACUAAUGUAAAAAGGUUAGAGUUUGGUCAUCAAGAUAAUGAACACCACGAGCCGAGGACAUUAUCACUUUCUUCAGCGUUGGAUCUCUUCUUUUGCUCAGGUUGAGUGUGAGGUGUGUAACUUCUCUGUGUCACAUGAUGGUACGAGCAGCAGCUGUUAGACUUUCUCACACUCAAGACAAAGUUAAAAACCACAGAGGUACUGACUGACACAUGCAUUUAUUUUAGAAGGCGAGCUGAGGGUUUGUUGUUCUGAGUUUUAUUUUAGACUCCAGAUACUUUCAGCUUCUCAGACACAACCCACAGAACAUAUUUGUAUGUACAGUAAAUGUAGGUGGAAGAGGCUUUGUAGAAACAGCAAAACGUUUAUGGUUAUAUUGGGUUGCUGAAAGGGUCAACAACUCACAAAUCAAUUUACAAAUACAAAAUGGUAUUUUUAAUAUAUAGUUAAUUUAACUGACGGGACAUAUAUACAGAAACAUAUUUGGAAGUUGGUAUUUCCAAAAGAAAUAUCAAAACUGUAAAUCAGCAUCUGAACUUUUCAAUUUAAAAUACAAUUUAAAAUUCAUUAUAUCUUCAUAGCAGAACAUAUAGUGCUGUAUUAUAGUUUUAACGUACACAAUGACAACAAUACACGAUUCAUAAGAUCUGUAAUGAUCGUAUAUACAUUUCAAAUCCAGUAAACUCAAAACCUUUUAUUUUUUUAAUUUCCAUAUUCUCGCCUUUCAUAAGAAUGUUUUGACUGAAGAAAAGUAUAUUUUUAUAACAAUAUAUAAAAUAAAGAUAUGUUCACCACA